GACGGUCUCUCUUUUAGGUGUUGGGUCACACACACAGUCAGACUCAGUCGGAGUGUACACAUGAGCGACAAUUAUUCAGCCAUUCAAGAGCAUUUCUGACAUCUCUGAUGUAGACGGGACAGUGGACAAGGUUUAUUUCCACUCCUUCAGCAUCCAGCAUCAUGGACUACCACUUUUGGCCACAAAAACUCUCAAAUGAUAAACGUAUAUGCUGGAUACGGACGCCUACCUAUGGCCCAAUCUACUAUGGAAAAACAUGAGUUAAAAGCUGAUUGUUAAAUAUGCUAAAUAUUGAAGUAAUCAUUUUGUAGUUUUUUUUUUGUUUAUUUAAGUGAAAAACAAAGCCAUGUAUUAUCCUCAGUUGUUCUUCAUCGUUCUGCAUGGCAUCUUUCUGACAUGUGCCUACACUGGAUGGAGCAAUCUGGAUAGCACCCCCCGAAAAACCAUUCAAUAUGAAGAUAACCAUGUGAUCAUGUUUAAAGAGGACGGUAUCUGGAAUUACUCCACAAUGCUGAUUAGGGAGGAUCUGGGUUUGCUGGUGUUGGGGGCGAGAGAGGCCAUCUACGCCCUUGACAUAAAAGAUAUCUCCGUUGCCAAGUCUAAGGUGCUUUGGAAGGUUACAGAAGAGAAACAAAAGGAGUGCACCACCAAAGGAAAAAAUCCUGACAUCGACUGUCAUAAUUAUGUACGGAUGCUGCAUCAAAUGAACAACGGCAUGAUGUACGUGUGCGGAACAAACGCCUUUAGCCCAACCUGCGAUUACAUAACAUACAGUGACGGGCAGCUGAAGCUGGAGGGAAAGCUGGAAGACGGGAGGGGGAAAUGUCCUUUCGAUCCGUUCCAGAGAUCCUCUUCUGUUAUGGUUGAUGAAGACCUGUAUUCUGCCACGUCCUUUAACUUUCUGGGUUCGGACCCGGUCCUAUCCCGCACCUCUCCCAGUACAUUGCGCACAGGGUUAAGCUUCAAUGAGCCAAGCUUCGUCUACAUGGACGUGGUCCCAGAAAGUGAGGACAGUCCCGAGGGCGACGAUGACAAAGUCUACAUGUUCUUCAGUGAGAACGCCGUGGAGUACGACUUCUACAACAAGCUUGUGGUGUCGCGUGUCGCCAGAGUCUGCAAGGGUGAUAUGGGUGGUCUAAGGACCCUCCAAAGGAAAUGGACCUCCUUCUUGAAGGCUCGUCUGGACUGCACGGUCUCUGAGCCCAGUCUGCCCUACGUCAUACAGGACGUCUUCCAUGUUCGCCACAAGAAAUGGAGGAAAAGUGUAUUUUACGCUGUCUUCACCUCUCAAUCGAGCUCAACAGAUCAGUCUUCAGCGGUGUGUGCAUUUAAUGUAACCGAUAUCAGCGAGGUGUUCUCUCGUGGCAAAUUUAAGACGGAGGUGACCGUGGAAAUGUCUGAUGUGAAGUGGGUCACGUACAACGGAGAGCUUCCUGUCCCCCGACCAGGAGCUUGCAUCAACAACGCAGCGAGGAGUUUGGGAAUAAAAGGGUCGCUGGACCUCCCUGAUAAAACCCUGCAGUUCAUCCGAGACCGGCCUCUCAUGGACGACGCAGUCCGUCCAAUCACAGGCAAGCCCCUGCUGCUCAAGAGAGGCCCGUUGUUGACCCGUCUUGUGGUAGACGUCGCAACUGCAUUGGACGGACAGUCCUAUCCUGUGAUCUUUGUCGGCACAGAAAACGGUUACGUGCAGAAAGCAGUGAACUAUGAUGGAGAAAUACACAUCAUUGAAGAAGUUCAAUUGUUUCAGAACACUGAGCCGAUUGACAUCCUACGACUUUACCAGAAUCAGUUGUACGCAGGCUCUGCGUCUGGGGUUGUACAAAUGCCCGUCAGCAACUGCAGUCGUUAUUCUUCCUGUCUGGACUGUGUGCUGGCCAGAGACCCUUACUGUGCCUGGGACGUCACUGCUCUGCGGUGCUCUAGAUUACCCACAUCACCUGAGGACGCAAAAGGUAAUCUGAUACAAAACCUGAAAGACGGGGAUGCCACUCGAUGCCCAACAACAGCUACUGGGGAACCAAAGAUCCGCACCCUGGUGCUGGGAAACAACAUCAGGUUGCUGUGUCGAGCAGAGUCUAACCUGGCCCAGGUCAACUGGAACUUUGCUGGAAAGCCACUCCCCUACUCAAACAGGAAGUACACUAUUUAUAGUGAUGGCAUCCUCAUCUACAAUGCUUCAGCCAAUGACGCUGGACUCUAUACCUGCACGUCAGUCGAGCGGGCGAAAGGGAGACAGUACACCCAAACACUUGCCAUUUAUGACUUGCGUGAACGCUUACCAGUAGAUGUGACGGAAAAGAUUAAGACUACAUUGGGAAUACUUACUGAAAGCCACACAACAUCAUCAGGUUUGCAUAAAAUCGAAGACCCUCCAUCAUUUGCUAUAAAUCAGAGCCGUGAGAGGAAAUGGGUUGUAAUGCAAGUGGCGCUGGCCGUGAUAUCCGUUAUGAUGGCCUGUCUGCUGAUCUGGAACUUGUACAUGGGCCACAUCUCUCCAUUUAUGUGCUGUGGGAGACAACCAAUCAAAAGCCCCAGGAAUCUUCCAGAAAAGGAAUACAUGCACACAGGAAAUGACACCGUGGACAGUAAACAGACAAUGGUCAGGUUGUGCGUCACAACAAACAGUAAUACUGAAGCAACCAGCUUCCACAGGAAUAACAGCAAUGGGGAUACGUCAACAGACAAUCAUAUUUUUAAGUACAUUUCGGAUGAGUCUGAGAUUUAAGAUUUUUUUCAUAUAAUUUUUAUACUUAUUUAUUUUUUAUUACUAAUAAAAAAAUACAAAUUCAUACAUU